AUGGCCGGGGCUGGCCGGACCAAUGCUAUGGCUGGUUUUCGAAUGAAGGGACCAAUGCUAUGGCUGGUUUUCGAACGGAGACCGAUGCCUUGGCCGGUUUUCGAAUGGGCUGGCUGGGCCGCGGGCUGGGACCAAUGCUAUGGCCGGUUUUCGAAUGGGCUGGCUGGGCCGCGGGUUGGGACGAAUGCUAUGGCCGGUGUCAUCUACUACAAAGCCAGUGCCGGAACAUUGGCGGAGGAUCAGCUGGUGCUGUAUCACCAUCGAGAUGCCGUGGAUGGUGCGGUGGCAGGCUGUGCUGAUGGCAGCUGGGUGGUGAAGACGGCCACUUCGUCCGACUACAAGAAACCUCAAUCAGGGUACUUCGAGAUGCACGGGGAGGUCUUGGCAUGCCCGGACAAGGCGGAGGUCCGAUUUGCGGCGUUGCCGUGUGGUCAGCCGCAGAACAUCACGGAGGAGGAGGUGAAGGUGCAGAAGGUCAUCCUUGACGACCCCGCGACGCCAAUGGCCGCGGAUUAUUGGCUCCAUCCCUGCGAGUGUGCUCCCUCGAGCUGGGGAGCCGAUGCCCCAGUGGAUCCGGUGACCUUCGAGAUGACAGGAGAUGCUGAGACGGCCACCUACGUGCCACCUCCACUCCUCCUGGUCGCAGGAGAGUUCGUCUGUCCCACUCGAAACCUACUCCCCGACCCGGGCGUCUACUUCGAGACGGAGACGGAGUCCAUGGAGUACGAAGUCUGCGAGGCGAAGUGCAAGAACCAUGAUGACUGCAACUACUUCUGGCACGGAACGCAGUCGUCAGCAACCACUUGUCGCCUGUACUCCGCCUGCGACAGCCUGGUGCGGGAGAUGGGCCUGGAGGGCGAACUCAGCGCUUUGCCGCGGGCGCCAGGAUGCGUGGUCGCCAGCCCAACUGAGUGUUGGACCGUCUCCAUGAGGAGGAAGGCCCUGACGGAUGUAGCUGCAGAGAGCUUCCGGUAUUGGAACCUCCAUGCGCAGUGCGACAUGAUGCUGUUGAUGGGUGGAACUGGCAUCAAUGCCUGCGGAAGGCCCACGUACCGACCGCACGACUACGGCGAGUGGAACCACAAGAAGCAGUUGCCGAAAAGCUUUGACCACGGCUUGACACUCAAGGUGUCUUGCUGGAACGAGCGCUACAGUGCGGUGCGAGGCAGCGCGGGGAGCGCUGGGGAAGUCCUGACCUGUGUGAAUGGGAAUUGGUUCAACUCGGCAGAUGAGCCCGGCAUGGGGAGCUUCGACUGCCUCGAGUGCGUUCAGGUCGGUUCGCAUGGUUUCAACAAGAUCGAGCAGCGCCGGGAGCAGGAGCUGUAUUACUUCAACCGUAUGCAGCUGUCCAUCCACAGUGAGGUGAAUCAGCUUGGCAGUGACAAGAUCCAUUGCAUGGAGCCCAAGGAGCAGAUGGAACCAGUCCCUAUCGCAGAUCCACAAGGCGCUUCUUGGAUGGUUGAAGCAACGCCCCUCUACGAGCGGAAGCCAAUCGAGAUCAUGCGAGUUGAGAUGUACGAAGUACAUCAUGAGAAGAAGACCUUUGACGGUUGGCAGAAGUGGGCCGAAGACCAGGGAGGUCGUCUUCUAACCUUUGAAGAGGCAUGGACUUGGUGCCGCGAGGGCAACACAGUUUUCUUCGCCGAUCGCGGCGUUGACAUGUGGGCUCCGACGUUGGAGUUCGAUGGCACCAAGAAUUGGAUUCAAAUCGGCAACGUCCCCUGGGCCGCCCCGGGAAAAUCGCACGACGAGACGUGGGGCUGGCCCGCCUGGGCGGAUGACGUUUCCCUGCAAGGUUGGGGCGGACACGAAAGGGGCGUGCUGUGGAUGAAGAAGACCACCGUGAUCGGUGCAUCGCGGGACUUGUCCUCUGUCAGGGAGUCCUAA